AUGGAGAGUUUCCCAAUCAUCAAUCUCAAGAAGCUUAAUGGAGAAGAGAGAGGAAUCACCAUGGAGAAGAUCAAAGACGCUUGUGAAAACUGGGGAUUCUUUGAGUGUGUGAACCAUGGGAUUUCACACGAGCUACUUGACAAAGUGGAGAAGAUGACGAAAGAACAUUACAAGAAGUGUAUGGAAGAAAGAUUUAAAGAAUCCAUUAAGAACAGAGGACUUGACUCUGUUCGGUCUGAAGUCAACGACGUUGACUGGGAGUCUACUUUCUACCUUAAGCACCUUCCUGUCUCCAAUAUCUCCGAUGUUCCUGAUCUUGAAGACGAUUACAGGACGUUGAUGAAGGAGUUCGCUAGAGAGAUCGAGAAGUUAUCGGAGGAGCUAUUGGAUCUGCUUUGCGAGAAUCUUGGAUUGGAGAAAGGUUACUUGAAAAAAGUGUUUUACGGGUCGAAAAGCCCGACUUUUGGAACCAAAGUGAGCAAUUAUCCACCUUGUCCUAAACCGGACCUGAUCAAGGGACUCCGGGCUCAUACCGACGCCGGUGGAAUCAUCCUCCUCUUCCAGGACGACAAAGUGAGUGGACUUCAGCUCCUUAAGGAUGGCGAAUGGGUCGAUGUUCCUCCGGUUAAGCAUUCAAUCGUCGUUAAUCUCGGCGAUCAACUUGAGGUGAUAACCAAUGGGAAGUACAAGAGUGUGGAACAUAGAGUGAUAUCUCAAACUGAUGGAGAAGGAAGAAUGUCGCUUGCAUCAUUCUACAAUCCGGGAAGUGACUCUGUUAUUUUUCCGGCCCCGGAGUUGAUCGGAAAAGAAUCGGAGAAGGAGAAGAAAGAGAAUUAUCCGAAAUUCGUGUUCGAGGAUUACAUGAAACUCUAUUCUGCUGUCAAGUUUCAGGCCAAGGAACCAAGGUUUGAAGCCAUGAAAGCUAUGGAGACAACCGUGGCCAACAAAGUCGGACCAUUGGCCACUGCCUAA